AUGUGGCUGUGGACAGGAUUCGCCAGACUUGUGGUACAUGACAUGGUACAUGGAAGCACUUCAGAAAGUGGUGCUCUCUUGCAGUCAGCGACGACGGAGCCAUGCGCAUACAGUACAGCUGCAAGCAGCUCACAUGCACCUGCAAACAUUCUGAUACAACAGUUCCUACAUGCAAAACUUUCCCGAUGGUCGGCAUGGGUUGAACCGCUGUCAGUUGCUGUGCUUGAUGUCGGAGUGCCUUGGUCGCCGCGUGUAACUGUCAUUGAAGGGUUACUGCGGGGCUCAACCACAGCACGGCACCAUGAUCGACGGGCAGCGCGGUGGCAUAUUGUGCAGACAAAAUUGGGCGCUACAUGUACCUAUGGCGGUGACGGGCGGGAGCGGAUUUUGUGCAAGUGGGAGAGACUCGUCGCGCCUGUUCUGGGCUGUGAAACGAUCCAAGGACGGGCAGGCGUGAUCGACGGCAGCGCUUGCCAAGGAAUCGGGUUCUCCUUCGACGACCAGUCCCCUCCAUCUUCCCUUGAUAAACAGUCCUCUGCCAAAAAGCCCUCAACUUCACUUUCCCACUCCGCACGCUCAACCACCCGUAUCCCGCACCACCAAUCUGUUUCUACCCAACCACAUCUUCUCUCACCACACACCAAAAUGGGUUACGAAGACUCCGUGUACCUGGCCAAGCUGGCUGAGCAGGCCGAGCGCUAUGAGGAGAUGGUCGAGAACAUGAAGGCCGUUGCCUCUGCAGACCAGGAGCUUUCCGUUGAGGAGCGAAAUCUCCUUUCCGUCGCCUACAAGAACGUCAUUGGUGCUCGCCGCGCUUCGUGGAGAAUCGUCACCUCAAUCGAGCAGAAAGAGGAGUCCAAGGGCAACGAGACCCAGGUUGGCCUCAUCAAAGAGUACCGCCAGAAGAUCGAGGCCGAGUUGGCCAAGAUCUGCGAGGACAUUCUUGAGUGCCUGGACAGCCAUUUGAUUCCCUCUGCUGAGAGCGGCGAGUCCAAGGUCUUCUACCACAAGAUGAAGGGCGACUACCACCGUUACCUUGCCGAAUUCGCCGUUGGUGACAAGCGCAAGACGUCCGCUGACAAGUCCCUCGAGGCCUACAAGGCUGCCACAGAUGUGGCCGCCUCGAACCUUGCUCCCACUCACCCCAUCCGCCUCGGUCUCGCACUGAACUUCUCCGUCUUUUACUACGAGAUCCUCAACUCGCCCGACCAGGCUUGCCAAUUGGCCAAGCAGGCUUUCGAUGAUGCCAUCGCUGAGCUCGAUACCCUGUCUGAGGAGAGCUACAAGGACUCUACUCUCAUCAUGCAGCUCCUCAGGGACAACUUGACCCUCUGGACUUCUUCCGAGGCCGAGCCAUCUGCCGAGGCACCCGCUGCUGCUGCUGAGCCCGCCGCCGAAGCGCCCAAGGCAGAGGCCACCGAGCCCGCCGCUGAGGCCAAGGCAUAAAUGAUCAAAAUACUCUGCGCAGAAAGAGGACGCGGUUGACGACAUGGAGCUUCUUGGUAUGGGCGAAUGAUGCCUGGGUCAUCGUUUGCUAAUGGUAUGGAGGUGUACUGGGGUGCUUGAGCCAUUUGUGCUUUACUAGACUCUCGAAAUCUUCAUCCUGUCAACAUCCAGACGCCCAAUCACCCACCUAACUCGCUGUAGCACGUCUUGUACGGAACCUAUAUAUCCAUGUGGAGGCUC